AUGGUAAAUAUCCGCACACUUAUUGCAAGGUUGGCUCGACUUGGGCGGCGAAUUUAUUUGCUUUUCUGCGUUAUUGUAUUUAUAAUCAUUGCUACCAAUUACAAUAAAAAAAUGUUCUUAAAUGAGCACAUCAAAGAGAAAUCCUCAAAACCUAAGCUUACAACCGUGUAUAAAGUCCCAUCGUGCGUGUACAAAGUCCCAUCACACUAUAUAAAAGAGCAUGUGUCGACUGCACGAGCAAAAUUGAAUUAUCAGCUUUCUUUCUAUAAUUUUUCACUGAAUUUGGACAAUUUGGUUAUGGAAUCCGGGGGACGGCCGCUACGUAGUUUAAUUUUAUCAACAUGGAAGUCAGGAACCACAUUUCUAGGAGAGAUUUUGAAUGCAAUUCCAGGAUCAUACUAUUUUUAUGAACCCCUACUUAUGUACGGGGUUAAACAAAUAAGGGAACGAGAGCAACCAGAGGCUGAUAUAGCUUUGCACACAAUAACAUCUUUGUUAAAGUGUAAUUAUGAAACAUUAAAAAAAUACCUGGAGUUUGCAAGAGAGCGCGUGGACCAGUUAAGGCGCAAUACGAGAAUAUGGCAUCAUUGCAAAUUUAUGAAACAUCUAUGUUGUGAUUUUGAGUUUAUGUCACAGAUAUGUAUGCUGUUCCCCUUCCAAGUUAUGAAGCUCGUUCGGCUAAGAUUAAAACUGAUUCCGAAAAUAUUGGAUGAUAAAGAGUUAAAUGUAAAACUGAUUUUUUUGGUUCGCGACCCUCGUGGUAUGAUGCACUCUAGACGUAAUGUUGAGUUUUGUCCUAAUACAAUAGACUGCGGAGAUCCGAAAAUCGCUUGUCAAGACAUGUUGAACGACUAUGUGGCAGCAAGAGAUCUGCUUCAAAAAUAUCCUGGAAGACUUAUGGUUAUACGGUUCGAAGAAUUAGCAAUGGAGCCUUAUGAUGUUUCAGCGCGAAUUUUAAAGUUCCUGGGGCAUUCUGUAACAGGACCAGUUUAUGAGUAUCUGAAUAAGCACACGAACGCAACUAAACCAUUUUCAAACACUUAUAGAGUUUCUAGUCGAGUGCCUUUUAAAUGGAAAAAUAGAAUGGAUUUUGUAGCUGUUAGUGAAAUACAGGAAGUGUGCAAAUUGGCGAUGAAGAAAUGGGGUUACAAGAUGGCGUUUAAUGAGACCCAUAUGAGAAGCGAAGAUUUUAACCCUUUGGACGAUUAUACAAUAUAAAU